ACUUAUUCUCGCUGCAGUCCCCAAUUCACUUACCAACAGGGAAAUAAUCCUCGUCGUGUCUUGACAAAACCUUCAAAACCCGUUCAUAAUGAUGGCUUUGAUAACGAAGACUAUGAUUAUAUCCUCUAUGUUAACGACAUCCUUGGAUUACCAGAUUCUCAACAAUACCAAAUCUUGGAUAUCCUUGGUCAAGGCACCUUUGGUCAAGUAGUCAAGUGCGAAAACACAAAAACAAAAGAACUCGUCGCCGUAAAAGUCAUCAAAAACAAACCUGCUUACUAUAACCAGUCUCUUUUUGAAGUCACUAUUUUAGAAAUGCUUAACAAAAAACAUGACAAGGAAGACAAGCAUCACUUGGUGCGCAUGAAGGACACAUUUUUAUUUCGGAACCAUUUAUGCAUUAUUUUUGAAAUGCUUAGCGUCAAUCUAUAUGAGCUUAUCAAGCAAAAUCAGUUUCAUGGUCUUUCUACAAACCUUGUUCGUGUGUUUGUAACCCAGAUUUUGGAUGGUUUAAUUGUCCUUAGUCGUGCUGGAAUCAUCCACUGCGAUCUUAAACCAGAGAAUAUUCUACUGAAAAAUCUUGAAUCUCCUGCGAUAAAAAUUAUAGACUUUGGCUCUGCAUGCCAUGAAAAUCAGACUGUUUAUACCUAUAUCCAAUCGCGUUUUUACAGAUCUCCCGAGGUUCUACUCGGACUUCCCUAUACGUCAUCAAUUGAUAUGUGGUCUGUUGGCUGUAUUGCAGCGGAGCUAUUUUUAGGUUUGCCUUUGUUUCCUGGUUCAUCAGAGUACAAUCAAAUUGCACGAAUUGUGGAAAUGCUGGGGAUUCCUCCAGGAUAUAUGUGCGAAAGAAGUCGUCAUGCGCUCAACUUUUUUGAUAAACACGACGGUUCCAACAACAAGAAUGUGUUUUCUUUGAAAUCAAUGGAGUCCUACAUGAAGGAGCGCGGAACAGUCGAACAGCCAUCCAAGCGCUAUUUUAAAGGCACUACCUUGCCUGAAAUUAUCAAUACAUAUCCAGUCAUGCGAAAACUGUCUCCAGAGGAGGUAGCCAAGGAAACUGCAAAUCGUUUGGCAUUCAUUGAUUUUCUUCAAGGAUUACUCAAUUUAAAUCCACUGGAGCGCUGGAGCCCACAACAGGCCAAACAACAUCCCUUUCUAACCGGCGAAAAGUUC